CAAUCUGCUCCUCUCCAUGUUCCAAACAAAAACACUCAGAGCUCUGACACACGGAAUUAAACUCCAACUUUCUGCCUGAACUUUUUCCGCUUUGACGAAUGGUUGACCCCACCGCCGCCCAGUGAAGGUUCUGUCCAGGUGAACCAUCUUCUUCUUCUUCUGUCCCUGUUUCAUCUCUACACCUGAGGAGACUCUGGACGGAGAUCAGCACCUGCAGGCAGCACAUCCAAAUGAGCAGGCCGUCGCAGCCGAAACUAACCACAUCUGACCACAACGGCGUGAGCGUCAUCCAGAGUCAGGCCCACGCCUCCUCCUCCUCCUCUCUUUCGGCGGCUGUAGCCGGACUGCAGCAGGUCCCCCAACUCGUUCCCGCCAACUCUUCAGCCGGAGGCGGCAAGGCCCUCCCCCCCAGCAAGAUGAAGAAGCCCCCAGCAGACAAGGACAGCGAGGAGUACCGCCAGCGCCGCGAACGCAACAACCUGGCGGUGAAGAAGAGCCGCAUGCGUAGCAAGCAGAAGGCGAUGGACACGCAGCAGCGCGUCAACGAGCUGAAGGAGGAGAACGAGCGGCUGGAAGCCAAGAUCAAGCUGCUGAGCAAAGAGCUGAGCGUGCUCAAAGACCUCUUCCUGGAGCAUGCCCACAACCUGGCCGACAACGUGCAGCCGCCAGCGGGCGCCGAGGGCUCCAGCCCCGCCCCUAACAAUGCCUCCACCAAUGGGCAGUGAGGGCGGGGCCACGGGGAUGUUUGGUAUCUGCAGCUUUUCUGGAAACUUUGGAAACAUGGCGUCACAUCUUCACGGCUUUUCUUUGGUUUAUUAGUUCUUUUCUCAUUUUUACUCCCUAACGACACAUUUACCAAAAUGUCCAUCGAGGUCCUGGAAAACCUGGAAAGUUAUGACAAAUAAAAACAGGAGCCAGGGUCCGGAAACGUCAUACAGAUCUAUGAAUAUAGUAUUGUAUGAAGUUUUAAUUUAUUGAAUCAGUUUUAAAAGACUUUUAAAGUGAAAACCAGCCACAGAAACUUUUCAAAUUCAAACUCUGUCCUGGAAAAGUUCUUGGACUUUGGCCUGUGACAGAAGGUGAACCUGACCCAGGGUUGAAAGGUCACGUCGUGUUAUUGAUUGACUGAUUGAUUGGAGAGAUGUGAACUCCAGUAAGAACUCACCUGCAGUGACACUGGACCAGCGUCUCCUGAGCUUCCUCUUCCUGUCGGCUGGACGUGGACGCCACAGGACGAGACGUUUGACUCUGCGCCUCCUCAGCUGCAGACGACGGUGUAAAUUCUUAAAUUCCCUUUUUCUAGGAUGUGUAUUUUCUUCUGUCGUUCUGCAAAGAGUUUUUGACAAAUGUCUAGUUCACAAAAUCUAAUGAGAGAAUUUCUAAAGUCGUUCACUACAUGUUGAUGUUUAAAGGAUGAUUCUGGUUUUUAAGCCAAAAUGACACAUUCUUUUAAGACUCAGUAUAAAUACUUCAUGAACUUUUGAUACUCUUCAUAAACUCCUUUAACUUCACUGAACAAUAUGUGUAAAUACAGAAAACAUCAGAAUUG